CCCAAAAAAUUCCCUUUUUCCCCCAAAAAAUCCCAUUUUUCCUGUAUUUUCCCCCAAAAUUCCCGUUUUUGGUGUUCUGCAGGAAUUCAAGGAUCUGGCUCCCAGGAUCGACUGCUUGGAUCUCAAGGGAGAGAAGCUGGACUACCGGGCGUGCGAGGCCAUGGAGGAGAUCUUCAAGCGGCUCCAGUUCAAGCUGCUCGACCUGGAGCAGACCAGCCUGGACGAGGACGGCGCCUCGGCGCUGUUCGACAUGAUCGAGUACUACGAGUCAGCCACGCACCUCAACAUCGGCGCCAACAAACACCUGGGGGCCCGCGGCUGGCAGGCAGCGGCGCACAUGAUGAGGAAGACGAGCUGCCUGCAGUACCUGGACGCGCGGAACACGCCGCUGCUGGAGCCGUCGGCGCCGUUCGUGGCGCGGGCGCUGCGCAUCAGCAGCAGCCUGGUGGUUCUGCACCUGGAGAACACCUCCCUGUCCGGGAGGCCCCUCAUGCUGCUCGCCACGGCGCUGAAGAUGAACGUGACGCUGCGGGAGCUGUACCUGGCUGACAACAAGCUGAACGGGCUGCAGGACUCGGCGCAGCUCGGCAACCUGCUCAAGUUCAACGGCUGCAUCCAGAUCCUGGACCUGCGCAACAACCACCUCAUGGACUCCGGCCUGGCCUACAUCUGCGAGGGGCUGCGGGAGCAGCGCCGGGGGCUGGUGACGCUGGUGCUGUGGAACAACCAGCUGAGCCACGCCGGCAUGGCCUACCUGGGCAUGACCCUGCCGCACACGCAGAGCCUGGAGACGCUGAACCUGGGCCACAACGCGGUGGGGAACGAGGGCGUGCGGAACCUGAAGAACGGAUUGAUCGGGAACCGCUCCGUGCUGCGCCUGGGCCUGGCCUGCACCAAGCUCACCUGCGAAGGGGCCGUGGCCGUGGCCGAGUUCGUGGCCGAGAGCCCGCGGCUGCUGCGCCUGGACCUGCGCGAGAACGACAUCAAGACCGGGGGUCUCAUGGCGCUGUCGCUGGCCCUGCGCGUCAACCACUCCCUGCUGCGCCUCGACCUCGACCGCGAGCCCAAGAAGGAGGCGGUCAAGAGCUUCCUGGAGACGCAGAAGGCGCUGCUGGCCGAGAUCCAGAACGGCUGCAAGCGGAAUUUCAUCCUGGCCAAGGAGAAGGAGGAGAAGGAGCAGCAGCUCCAGCACUCGGCCUCCAUGCCCGAGAUCUCCGAGGCCGAGCCCGGAAUUCCCGAAAUUCCCGGAAUUCCCGGCGGCGGCGCUUCCCCCGCCCCGGAGGAGAACGGCAACGCGGCCCCGGCCGGCGAUUCCAGCUCGGACACGGAGGAGGAGGAGGAGGAGGAGGAGGAGGAGGAGGAUGGGAAGGACUCGAGGGAGGUUGUGGAAUCCAGGGAUUCCGGGAAUUCCGGGAAUGGCGAGCGCAGGAUUUCCGUCUCCAGCCCCGGCAGAGGCCGCAAGAUCUUCGUGGUGACGCGGGUGGAGAACGUUCCCGAGGGAUCCGGGGUCCUUCCCAAGGAAUCUGGGGUCAUUCCCGAAAAAUCUGGGGUCAUUCCCGAGGAAUCCAGGGUCGUUCCCAAGGAAUCCGGGGUCGUUCCCGAAAAAUCUGGGGUCGUUCCUGAGGAACCUGGGACCGUUCCUGCAGGAUCCGGGGUCGUUCCAAAGGAAUCUGGGAUCACUCCCAAGGGAUCUGGAGCCGUUCCUGAGGGAUCUGGAGAUGCUCCCGAUGGAUCUGGAGCCGUUCCCGAUGGAUUUGAGACUGUUCCUGAAGGAUCCAGGAGGGUUUCUGAUGGAUCUGGAGCCGUUCCUGAUGGAUCUGGAGUCGUUCCUGAUGGAUCCGAGGCUGCUCCCGUCGGAUCCAGCUCCGUUCCCGAUGGAUCUGGGACAAUUUCUGAUGGAUCUGGAGCCGUUCCUGUCACACCCAGCGCCGUUCCCGAUGGAUCUGGAGCCGUUCCCAUCGGAUCCAGGGUUGUCCCUGACGGAUUUGGUGCCGUUCCUGAUGGAUCUGGGGUUGUUCCCAAUGGAUCCGGGGCCGUUCCUGAUGGAUCCAACUCUGUUCCUGUCGGAUCCGGGGCCAUUCCUGAUGGAUCUGGGCUUGUUCCUGUUGAAUCCAGCGCUGUUCCCGAUGGAUUUGGAGCCGAUCCCGAUGGAUCUGGGGUUGUUCCCGAUGAAUCCGGGGCCAUUCCCGAUGGAUCUGGGAUUGUUCCUGUCGGAUCUGGGGCCAUUUCUGAUGGAUUUGGAGCCGUUCCCCAUGGAUCCAGGGCCGCUCCUGACGGAUCCAGGGUUGAUCCCGAUGGAUCUGGGGUUGUUCCCGUUGGAUCCGGGGCCGUUCCUGAUGGAUUUGGAGCCGUUCCUGAUGGAUCCGGGGCCAUUCCUGAUGGAUUUGGAGCCGUUCCCGAUGGAUUUGGAGCCGUUCCCGUCGGAUCCGGGGCCGUUCCCGAGCUGCGGCCGUGCCGGGCCGGCGCCUCUGAGGGAAUUCCGUGCGGGAGCCCCUCCCGGGAUUCUCCUCUUCCCAACGGGCUCAAGGCGGAUUUCGCCCGGGCGCUGCCGGAGCCGGGCCCGGAGGGCGACGGGAAAUCGGGAACGUGCGCGGCCGAGCACGAGCUGAGCUGCUCCCGGAACGAGCAGGAGCUGCAGGAGCUGCUCCUCGAGGCCAGCCAGGACACGGCUCCGGAGCCGCUGUGACCGCAGGUCCUGGAGGGGGAAACUCUGGAGCUUUCCCCUCUUCCCACUCCGCACAAGAUUCCAACCAAACCUCGGGAAUUUCGGGACUUUUUCUUGGGAGAAGAAAAACACGAAACACACACAAAAAAACAACAACAACAAAAAAAAAAAUCGGAUUUUUUUCCCGACUUUUCCCGCCUGCGAGGGGCAGGGAAGGAGCCGGGGCUCGGCCGUGCAGAUCUCCGGGAAUUCCCGGCGCCAUUCCCGGCGGGAUCCGGCGACACUACAGGGAGCGGGAGUGGCCGGAGCGGCGGGAAUUUGGGAAUUCCGUCCCCAAAAACUCCCGGGAUCGGCUGCUCCCGCAGCCCCCGCGCUUUAUUUAUUUUUAAUUUCCCUUCCUUUCCGGUGGUUUUGGUUGCUUUGGGAAUUUUCUCCCGGUUUUUUUCCCUCUUUUCUUCCCCUUUAUUCUGUUUUUUUCCCCUUUUUUUCCCGUUUUUUUCCCGUUUUUUCCCCGUCUCUAUUUAUCACCAGCCGCAGAAUUCCCGGGAAAACGGGGAAGGUGGAAAAGGUGGGAGAGGGAGGGGCUGGAAUUCCUCGGCCAUCCCAAAUUUCCAGAGGUGUGGGGGAGGGGAAAUCCAGCGAUUCCAGCCCGGAAUUCCCCAAAAAUUCCCGGAAUUCCCGGGGAAUUCCCGGGGGUCGCUUUUCUUUCUUAAGUGCAAUAAAAUCUUUCAGGGAGCUGCGGGGGGGGAUUGGAAUUCCGGGGGGAUAUUCCCGAUAUUCCGGCCGGGAAUUUUCGCUGGUGUUUCCUGGGUUUGGUUUUGGGGUUUUUUUUUUUCCGUCUUUUCCCGGUUUUUGGUUUUUUUUCCCCUCGUUUUUCCCCGUGGUGGAAUUUUUGUUAACGGCUGUUUUCUAAUUAAAGGAAUUCUGCAUUCGUCA